AUAGGUAAAAUAGGUACUGUCAAAUUAUUUAUAAUUUUGCAGUGAUAUCGUAAAAAUAUUAAUGGUUUAAAAACAUUACCGACAGUAUUUUAAUGUAACCAGAUAACUCUUUUCAGAGUCUUCUUUUAAGUCGUAUGAUGCUGAAUUGGCCCUUAAAACUCUUAACAUCGGUCUCAAGAAUACAUUUCAUAAGACAGUGCAGUAUUCGCAACAUGGCCACCGUGAAGAGAGUCGCGGUUUGUCAAAUGACUUCUGUGGCCGAUAAGGCGGUUAACUUGGAAGUAGUUAGUAAUUUAGUUAGCCAGGCUGCUAAGGAUAAUGUGCAGAUGCUAUUCUUCCCUGAAGCAUGUGACUAUAUUUGUGAUAAUAAGAAUGACACAUUAAGCCAGGCUGAGUCUAUCAUAGAAGGAGCCACAGUGGCUAGUUACAGAGAUUUGGCGGCUAAGCAUAAAGUGUGGUUGUCUAUGGGUGGGAUUCAUGAGCUGGAUGAAGCAUAUCCUUCAAAAGUGUGCAACACACACAUUAUAAUAGACGACAAGGGUAACAUAGUACAAACGUACAGAAAGCUGCAUCUCUUCGACGUGGAGAUACCGGAGAGGAAUAUCAGGCUUAAAGAGAGUGACUUCUGUCAACCCGGAGACCAUAUUGUUGCACCCGUUGAGACUCCGGUGGGGAAAGUUGGUCUCUCAAUAUGUUACGACAUGCGUUUUCCUGAACUAAGUACUUCGCUCAGUAUAGUGACGGCUGAGAUACUGACUUAUCCGUCAGCUUUCACUCAGGCUACUGGAGCAGCUCAUUGGCAUGUUUUACUCAGAGCCAGAGCAAUAGAAAAUCAAUGCUACGUCAUUGCAGCAGCCCAAGUGGGGGCCCACAACCCCAAACGAAAGAGCUACGGCCAUGCCCUCAUAGUGGACCCCUGGGGCGAAGUCCUAGCCGACUGCGGGGAAUCCGCCCCUUGUUAUAAAGUAGCGGAGAUAAGUGAUGAGAGAAUCAAGAAUGUUAGGAAGAAUAUGCCUGUUUUUCAGCAUAGGAGACGCAACAUCUACUCUUUAUACUGCCUAAGUCUUCGCAAAGACUUACUCCCGGCUCAUCAAAAGUCGGCCGCGGUCGAGCCGUGUUCGAGAAUCUCGUCCGACGCGGGCGUUAACCCGGACGAGCCGUAUUAUAACUUCGGCCACGUUAUAGUGCCUGAGUCUUGUGUGUUUUUUAAGUCGAAGUUGACAUAUGCUUUUGUUAAUUUGAGAUGUGUAUUACCAGGGCACGUAUUGGUAGCUCCCAUCAGAAUGGCUGAGAGGAAUAGAGAUAUGACAGAAGAUGAAGCACAGGACUUUUAUAAAACUAUCCGAUUGGUGCAAAGGUUGAUGGAAAAAGUCCACAGUGCAGAUUCUUGUACGGUUACCAUACAAGAUGGGAGAGACGCAGGACAAACUGUUAAGCAUCUCCAUUGCCAUAUUAUGCCGCGAAAGAAAGGGGACUUUAUUGAAAAUGAUCUCAUCUAUUUAGAAUUAGCCAAGCACGAUCAGUUCAAAAAGGGCCACCCAUCGAAGCCGCCCAGAACACGCGAAGAAAUGAUCACAGAAGCCACUCAUUUGAGGCUAGAACUACAAAACUUGUUGGCAGAAGAGAAAAAUAGUUGAUAAGUAUAUUAUUUAUUUAGAUUUCUGGUAAAUAUAUGCAAAAUUUUCGUAAAAAAAGUCUGCCUAGUGGGCUAAGAACCAACCUCUCGAGUAUCAGGGCGCGGGUUCGAUUCCAGAUCAGGCAAGUACCAAUGCAACUUUUCUAAGUUUGUAUGUACUUUCUAAAUAUAUCUUAGACACCAAUGACUGUGUUUCGGAUGGCACGUUAAACUGUAGGUCCCGGCUGUCAUUGAACAUCCUUGGCAGUCGUUACGGGUAGUCAGAAGCCAGUAAGUCUGAUAACCAGUCGUGCUUAGGCAUAUUGAGUUGCCUGGAUAACUGGGUUGAGGAAGUCAGAUAGGCAGUCGCUCCUUCUAAAACACUGGUACUCAGCUGCAUCUGGUUAGACUGGAAGCCGACCCCGACAUAGUUGUGAAAAGGCACUGGGUUGAGGAGGUCAGAUAGGCAGUCGCUCCUUGUAAAACACUGGUACUCAGCUGCAUGAUAGAAACCCUGAGAAAUGGAGGGUAACUCUCGAAAAUUAAAAAAACUUAUUGAUCAACAUCAAGUUAAUUUUUUGCAUGUAUUUACCAAAAAUAAGUAAAUAAAUAGUAGGUAAAUUAAUAAGUUUAAGACAUAAAUAAAAUUAAAAGUUACAGCUCAAAGCCAUGGAUUGUACAAUAACAAAUAAAUUGUUGUUAAAAUAGUUGGCAUUGUUUGUGAGAAAAUAAGGUGAUUUCUUGCGGUUCUAGGCUCUUGGUCUAUGAUUAGUUUAUCGAAUGUAGAUAAUAUAAUUACUGUAAUAUAUUGUUGAAUUAAAUAAAUUAUUUUAAAAUAU